CUGUAAACAUGGCGGCGUGCACAGCCACAGGGCUGCGCCGAACACCCAGUUACUAUUAGGCCGAGAGACCGAGACACCCCGACAAUGGAGACCGAAGAGGAGCAGCACAUCACCACGCUCCUCUGCAUGGGCUUCCCGGACCCCGACGUGAUACGGAAGGCGCUCCGGCUGGCGAAGAACGACAUCAACGAGGCUGUGGCGCUCCUGACGAACGAAAGCCCCGGACUCGGGUAUGGAUACGAGCCGAUGGAGAGCGGGCCUGCCCCGGGCUCGGGCUCGAGUGGAGACGGGGAAACCAGCGGGCGGACGGGCACGGGAGGGUUCGACCCGCCGCCUGCGUACCACGACGUGGUGGACAGCGAGAGGAGCAAUGAUGAGAAUGGGAACUGCUCAGGGGAAAGCAUGGAGUUCCCCACCACCAACCUGUAUGAGCUGGAGAGUCGAGUCUUCACUGAUCACUGGUCGAUACCUUACAAGAGAGAGGAGUCCCUGGGCAAGUGCCUGAUCGCAGCCACCUGCCUCGCCAGGCACAGUCUCGCUGACGCUGAUGAGAACUGCAAGCGGUUUAUUGAUCGCUGCAUGCCGGAGGCCUUUAAAAAGUUGCUGACGAGCAGUGCUGUACACAAAUGGGGCACAGAGAUUCAUGAGGGGAUCUACAACAUGCUCAUGUUGCUGGUGGAGCUGGUGGCAGAGAGGGUCAAGCAAGACCCUGUUCCUGUAAACCUGAUGGGAGUCCUGACUAUGGCCUUCAACCCUGAUAAUGAGUACCAUUUUAAGAAUCGGAUGAAAGCCUGCCAAAGGAACUGGGCUGAAGUGUUUGGAGAAGAGGCCAACAUGUUUGCUGUCUCUCCUAGCAACACCUAUCAGAAAGAGCCUCAUGGUUGGCUGGUUGAUUUGGUGAAUCGGUUUGGAGAGUUGGGAGGAUUCACUGCCAUCCAGUCUAAACUCAACACUGAGGAAAUCGAGAUCGCCUGUGUAUCAGCUCUGGUCCAGCCUCUCGGAGUUUGUGCAGAAUACCUGAACUCCAGCCUUGUCCAGCCGAUGCUUGAUCCAGUCAUCCACAAGAUGAUCAAAUAUGUACAGAACUUGGAGGAAAAGGAUCUUAAAGACAAGCGCCUGGUGAGCAUCCCGGACCUCCUGUCGGCCAUCAAGCUGCUUUGUAUGAGGUUCCAGAGGGAACUGGUCGCUGUGGUGGAUGAUUUGCGGCUGGACACGCUGCUGCGUAUGCUCAAAACCCCCCACUUCUCCACCAAGAUGAACUCCCUCAAAGAGGUGACAAAGUUAAUAGAAGAGAGCACGGUGUCCAAGACCGUGAAAAACGCUAUUGACACAGAUAAACUGCUGGACUGGCUUGUAGAGAACUCAGUUCUGUCAAUAGCACUGGAAGGAAACAUCGAUCAAGCUCAGUACUGUGAGAGGAUUAAGGGAAUCAUUGAGCUGCUGGGCAGUAAACUUUCUCUGGAUGAACUCUCUAAGAUCUGGAGAAUACAGGCGGGCCAGUCAUCAACUGUGAUAGAAAACAUUCAUACAAUCAUCGCUGCUGCUGCUGUGAAGUUCAGCUUUGAUCAACUCACUCACCUCUUUGUGCUCAUACAGAAGAGCUGGGAGGUUGAGAGUGACCGUGUGAGACAGAAGCUGCUCAGUCUGAUAGGGAGGAUCGGCAAAGAAGCUCGCUCUGAAACAACAACUGGAAAGGUGCUGGAGGUGCUGUGGGAGUUGGCUCAUCUUCCCACCCUGCCUACCAGUCUAGUUCAGCAGGCGUUGGAGGAGCACCUGGGGAUCCUGAGUGAUGCUUAUGCCGUCAAAGAGGCGGUGAAACGCAGUUACAUCAUUAAAUGUAUUGAGGACAUAAAGAAGACUCACACUCAGGAGGACAGUAAAGGCAGCGACACUCAAAGCUCUUUUCUUUCUGGCUCUUGGAGCAAGAAGAAAGCUAACGCUUUGGCCAAAGCCUCUCAGCAGAGCAGUCCUCAGGCGGUCUGGGUUGUUCCGGCUCUUCGUCAGCUGCACGAGAUCACCCGUUCUUUCAUCAAGCAGACCUAUCAAAAACAGGACAAGAGCAUCAUCCAGGACCUGAAGAAGAACUUUGAGAUCGUCAAACUGAUCACAGGAUCCCUCGUGUGCUGCCAUCGACUGGCCGCGACUGCUGCGGGAAAUAAUGGACUUUCAGGCUCGACCCUGGUGGAUGGACGAUACACCUACCAGGAGUAUCUGGACAGCCACCUGCGCUUCCUGGCCUUCUUCCUCCAGGAGGCCAGCCUCUACCUUGUCUGGAAUAGGGCCAAAGAGCUCUGGGAGUGCCUGGUGUCGGGGCCGGACGUCUGUGAACUUGACCGUGAGAUGUGUUUCGAGUGGUUCACCAAAGGACAGCAUGACCUUGAGAGUGAUGUUCAGCAGCAGCUCUUCAAAGAGAAGAUCUUAAAACUUGAGCCAUAUGAGAUCACCAUGAACGGUUUUAAUCUGUUUAAGACCUUCUUUGAGAAUGUUAAUCUAUGUGAUCAUCGCCUGAAACGUCAAGGAACUCAGCUGUGUGUGGAGCGCCUUGACCUGGCAGGGAUGGACUUUAUCUGGCGCAUCGCCAUGGAAACCCCUGAUGAAGAAAUAGCUAAUGAAGCGAUCCAGCUCAUAAUCACAUACAGCUACACCAACCUCAAUCCCAAGAUGAAGAAGGAUUCUGUAAAUUUGCAUAAGAAGUUCAUUGCCGAUUGUUACAAGAGACUAGAGGCAGCGAGUUCGGCUCUGGGUGGUCCAACUUUGACACAUGCUGUGACUAGGGCAACAAAGAUGCUGACAGCCACCGCCAUGCCGACUGUGGCCACAUCUGUACAAUCACCAUCCAGGUACAGAGGGGGGUUUGGAUCCACUAAGCUGGUAAUAAUCGAAAGACUGCUGCUAUUGGCUGAGCGCUACGUCCUAACUAUAGAGGACAUGUACUCAGUUCCUCGCACUAUUCUACCUCAUGGGGCCUCGUACAAUGGACACCCUGUUACUCUGCACAUCACCUAUGAGUCAACCAAAGACACUUUCACCUUAGAGACCCACAGUAAUGAGACAAUAGGAAGUAUCCGGUGGAAGAUAUCUGAGCACUUGAGCUGUCCGGUGGAUAAUGUCCAGAUCUUUGCCAAUGAUAGUGUGGUAAGUCUUCUGACCAUGAAUCGGGACCAGAAGCUGCUGUCACAGCUUGGUUUUAACGAUGAACAGAGCCUGACUGUGAAGAGCUCCGGCACUGGCACCCCGUCUGGCAGCUCCGAGUCUUCGGCCUCAGCCUCUAGCAGUUCCAGCUCCGCGGUCUUCAACUCUGCCUACGCCUUGGAGCAGGAGAAGUCAUUGCCUGGUGUGGUGAUGGCUUUGGUGUGUAAUGUGUUUGAGAUGCUUUACCAGCUGGCUAACCUUGAUGAAUCCAGAAUCACCCUUCGUGUGAGGAAGCUGCUGCUGUUGAUCCCAACAGACCCAGAUGUGCAGGAUGCUCUGGACAACUUUGUUCCCAAAGAAUCCAGUGUCUGGAGCCACCAGAAGACACUGUUCACCCUCAGCCAGGCUACAGGCUCUCGAUCUCCAUCCAUGGCCUCCAAGCAGCAGCACCAGCCCAGCGCUGCAACUAUAUUGGAGACACUGUUCAGAUCCUCGGCACCUGGCAUGUCCACCUUCAGAGUGCUCUACAACCUGGAGGUGUUGAGUUCAAAGCUCAUGCCCACAUCUGAUGAUGAGAUGGCCAAAACCAGCAGCAAGUCCUUCUGUGAGAACUUCCUGAAAGCAGGAGGCCUCAGUCUGGUGGUGAAUGUGAUGCAAAGGGACUCCAUCCCACCAGAGGUGGACUACGAGACCAGACAGGGAGUCUACUCAAUCUGUCUUCAGCUGGCCAGGUUCCUUCUGGUUGGUCAGAGCAUGCCUGCAUCACUGGAUGAUGAUGUCAUCAGAGAUGGCGAGGCGCUGUCAUCCCGUCCGUUUCGUAAUGCAGGAAGAGCAGGGCGGCAGCUGUCUCUCUGUGGAACUCCAGAGAAGUCCUCCUACAGGCAGAUGUCUUUGUCUGAGCGCUCGUCCAUAAGAGUGGAGGAGAUUAUACCUGCUGCUCGUGUGGCCAUUCAGACCAUGGAGGUGGGUGAUUUCACCUCCACGGUGGCCUGCUUCAUGCGUCUGACCUGGGCAGCUGCAGCUGGCCGGUUGGAUCUGGUUGGCAGCCCCCAGCCAAUCAGAGAGACCCACACAUCACUUCUUCCACAGGGAGUUCGCACCAGAGUCAGCAGUACAGGAAGUAACUGCAGCUCCAGCAGUGAGGGGGAGACAAUACCGACAGCGUUGCAUGCAGGGAUAUGUGUCAGACAGCAGAGUGUCUCCAUCAAAGACACCAUCAUUGCCCGCGAGGCUCUGUCACUGCUCGUUACCUGUCUGCAGCUACGCUGUCAGCAGCUGUGUUCUUUUUACAACCUUCCCUCCGUCAAUGAUUUCAUUAUUGAUGUCCUGCUGGGAUCUCCGAGUGGAGAGAUCCGCCGUGUGGCUUGUGAUCAGCUGUACACUCUCAGCCAGUCCGACACUUCGGGCUUCCCUGAGGUCCAGAAACCCAACCUGUUCCUGCUCUCAGUCAUUCUCACUGCUCAACUGCCACUGUGGAGUCCCACAUCGGUCAUGAGGGGAGUCAACCAGAGGCUGCUGUCCCAGUGCACUGAGUACUUUGACCUAAGAUGUCAGCUUCUGGAUGACCUAACGACAUCUGAGAUGGAGGCGUUAAAAGUGAGCGCAGCCACCAUGCUGGAGGAUGAGAUCUCCUGGCUGGACAACUUUGAGCCCAGCUGGAGCUCUGAAAUGGAGACCAGCGAGGCAGACAAUGUCCUCCUGGCUGGACACCUCCGCCUCAUCAAGACCUUGCUCUCACUCUGUGGCAAUGAGAAGGAACAACUUGGUCCAUCUCUGAUCCAGCAGUUGUUGGACGACUUCCUGUUUCGAGCCUCACGCAUCAUUAUUAACAGCUCCAACCCCACACCAUCCCCAGCUCCCAGCCAUGACUUCCAUCCCAAGUGUAGCACAGCCAGCAGCAGACUGGCAGCCUACGAGGUGCUGGUGAUGCUGGCUGACAGCUCUCUCUCAAACCUCCAGCUCAUCACCAAAGAGUUACUGUCCAUGCAUCACCAGUAUGAUCCUUCUCUCUGCAAGGAGUUCGAUUAUCUGCCUCCUGUAGAGAGCCGAUCGGUCUCAGGUUUUGUCGGGCUGAAGAACGGAGGAGCCACAUGUUACAUGAAUGCUGUGUUCCAGCAGCUCUACAUGCAGCCAGGUCUGGCAGAGGCUUUCCUCUCCAUUGAGGAUGACACAGACCAGCCUGAGGAAAGUGUCUUCUACCAGGUGCAGUCUUUGUUCGGACAUCUGAUGGAGAGCAAACUGCAAUACUAUAUACCUGAGAACUUCUGGAAGAUCUUCAAGAUGUGGAACAAGGAGUUGUAUGUGAGGGAACAGCAGGAUGCCUAUGAGUUCUUCACUAGCCUGGUGGACCAGCUGGACGAGCAUCUAAAGAAAAUGGGUCGAGAGCAGAUCUUCAAAAACACAUUUCAGGGAAUCUUCUCUGACCAGAAGAUUUGUAAAGACUGUCCACACAGGUACGAGCGUGAAGAAACCUUCAUGGCGUUGAACCUUGGAGUAACUUCAUGUCAGAGUCUAGAGAUCUCAUUAGACCAGUUUGUCAGAGGAGAGGUGCUUGAGGGUAGCAACGCCUACUACUGUGAGAAAUGCCAGGAGAAGAGAACCACAGUGAAAAGGACAUGUAUCAAAUCCCUACCCAGCGUUCUAUGCAUUCACCUCAUGCGCUUCGGCUUCGACUGGGAAAGCGGACGCUCCAUCAAAUACGAUGAACAGAUUAGGUUCCCCUGGGUGUUGAACAUGGAGCCCUACACUGUCUCUGGAAUGGCUCGUCAGGACUGCAGUGGAGAGGGGAGCGAGGGGCGAGGAGAUGGGACGUCAGGAGGGUCGCCCAGAAAGAAAGUCACAAUUUCUGAGAACUACGAGCUUGUGGGAGUUGUUGUCCACAGCGGUCAGGCACAUGCCGGACACUACUACUCCUUCAUUAAAGACAGGCGUGGUAGUGCCCGGGGUCGUUGGUACAAGUUCAAUGACAAUGUGGUGGAGGAGUUUGAUAUGAAUGAUGAAACUCUGGAGUACGAGUGCUUCGGGGGAGAGUACCGCCCCAAAGUCUACGACCAGUCCAACCCGUACCCUGAUGUGCGGAGGAGAUACUGGAACGCCUACAUGUUGUUCUAUCAAAAGAUCAGCGACCAAAACUCACCGGUCCUGCCCAAAAAAAGUAGAGUCAGCAUCAUGAGGCAAGAAGCAGAGGACCUUACACUGUCUGCCCCAUCCUCUCCUGAUGUUUCCCCGCAGUCCUCUCCUCGCCCCCCACGGGCCAACAAUGACCGUCUUACCCUCCUCACCCGUCUGGUCCGCAAAGGAGAGAAGAAGGGCUUAUUUGUAGAGAAGAUGCCUGCCAGCAUCUAUCAGAAUGUGCGAGAUGAAAAUCUCAAGUUCAUGAGGAACAGAGACGUCUACAACAGCGACUACUUCAACUUCACUCUCUCGCUCACCUCCGUUAAUGCGACAAAACUGAAGCAUUCUGAAUACCAGCCCAUGGCCAAAGAGAGUCUCCAGCUGGCUGUUCACUUUCUCUUCCACACAUACCUGCACACCAAAAAGAAACUCCGGGUGGACACGGAGGAGUGGAUGGCCACAGUAGAGGUGUUGCUGACCAAGAGCAGUGAGGCGUGUCAGUGGAUGGUGCAGUACCUAGUUGGACCAGAGGGACGUGAGAUCACCAGGGUUUGUCUGUUAGAGUGCAGCAUGAGGGAGGUGAGGGUGGUCGUCGCAGCCAUCCUCGAAAAGACCCUGGAGUGCGCGCUUCACUUUGGAGACCCAGGAUUGGACGGUUUGACCGACGCCCUUCUGUCCCUACUGGACAAAGAUGUUCCUGAGAAUGUGAAAAACUGUGCUCAGUACUUCAGCCUCUUCAGUAACUUUGCUCAGAGGGGUUGUGGUCCUUGUCAGUUGUUGUUGAAACACUCAGCUUAUCGCCGGAUGCUCAUGUUCCUGUUGGGACCAAACAGGCAGAAUAACCAGAACCGGCGCUGGAGUCCAGCACAGGCUCGAGAAUUCCUUCACCUCCACAGCACUCUGGCCCUCCUCACCCUGCAGUCUGACCUCGGCCCACAGCGGACACACUCUCCAGGUGGUUUUAAGCUGCGUGUGGUUAACGUCCCGUCAUCCAGCCCACUCCUCCCCCUCCACACGGAUAUCCUGACCUCGCUCUUCACUCCAGAGGGACAGCCUUACCUUCUAGAGGUAAUGUUUGCCAUGCGUGAGUUGUCCGGCCCGCUGUCUCUCCUCAUAGAAAUGGUGACGUACUGCUCGUUCUGUAAUGAGCCCUUCUCCCUGGGUGUGCUGCAGCUACUCAAGAUUCAGCUGGAGACGGCUCCACCUCAUGAACUGAAGAACAUUUUUCAGAUGCUCCAGGAGCUACUAGUAGCAGAAGACCCUCUGCAAACCCAGAGACUCAAAUAUGCUUUUGAGUCAGACAAAGGCCUGUUAGCCUUGAUGCACCAGAGCAACAACAUGGACAGCAGACGCUGCUACCAGUGUGUGAAGUUCCUAGUCACAUUAGCCCAGAAGUGUCCUCCAGCCAAGGAUUACUUCAAGGACUUGUCCGGUCACUGGAGCUGGGCAGUGCAGUGGCUACAGAAAAAGAUGACAGAACACUACUGGACUCCACAGAGCAACGUCUCCAAUGAGACAUCCACCAACAAAACCUUCCAACGCACUAUCUCCGCACAGGAUACCUUGGCCUAUGCUACAGCGCUGUUGAACGAGAAGGAGCAGUCUGGCAGCAGUAACGGCUCUGACGGCAGCCCAGCAAAUGAAAACGCCGAGCGCAGCCUCCGACAGGGGUCCGAGUCUCCCAUGAUGCUUGGCGAUUCCAAGAGCGAUCUAGAAGACGUUGACCCGUAGCGCCUCCAGCCAGCAGGAUCCCUCCAGAGGAGCGGCGGCGGCGGCACAGCUCCGGGGCAGCCAGUCGAAAGGGCUGCACUUUGCCUCUGAUUGGUCGGGACAUUUAGGACUCCACAUCAUGCCAAUCAGAACACUUAUUCUCUCGGUCGCCGCGGCAAUGAAGGAGCUAUGAAUAAAUCAUGAAUUACUUCCUUUUUAGAGCCGCUGGGGCGACGAUGGAGAUGCAUUAUCAUUAAGGGCAGCAGAGUUGAAAACAGUGAGAAGUGCAAAAACCCUCCACAAUCAACGGAUGACUUUGAGUUUAUCCUUUUAUUCAUUCAUUGACUCAGAAUGACAGCAAGGUGUCGGAUGGGUUUUGGUUGUGUUUUAACAAUUUUCUGCUCAUAUUUGCCAAUGUAUCUACACACAGACAUAUUCAUAUUGUAAAGACUUGUUCCAUAGAUGUAAUUUCCAGUGUAAGAUAAUAUUUUAAAGUCUCCUGUGCUCUUCUCCACAGCCAUGCAAAUUUGCGAGAGGUCAGGUUAGUUUGCUCUAGAGGAACUUUCAGACACACACACACACACGCCCAACGUGUACUUGUACAGGAACACCUCCACACAGGAGCACU